AUGGCCGUUAUGUCUUUCAAACAUGGUCUACGCUGGGAAAGUAAGUUGAGACAAUCGCUUACCAAGCGCCUGGCCAUAGCUUUGAAAGAUUUGCGCGUCAAGAUUGAGCAGUACGCUCGCCUUGAAGAUGAUCAGAUCCCCAUCGAGGUAGCGUUAGCAGAACAAACAGCUCGGCACAAGAAGAGAACAGAUCGAGGAGAACACCGAGGGAUUACAGUGAAUGAAGUGGAUAAGUCCAAAUCCCACGAAACCGUUAUGACUGUAUUCAAAGAGCUAAUUUAUCGAAUCCUGGAAAAGAUCAAGAGAGAGCCCUUCUUUGUUUGGCCGCCGAAAAUGUUGGGAGAUCCAGCUCGACGCAAUCAGAAGCUCAGAUGCACCUACCACCAAGACAGGGGGCACAUGACUCAGAACUGCAAGGCACUGAGGCAACACUUAGAAGAUCUAGUGGCAGCUGGGCACUUAAGGGAUUACAUUGAUCAAGAUAAGGAAGUAGCCAAACCGGGGAACCCGCUACCAGAACCGAAUGUUGAGCACCCACCUCGGUUGAUAAUAAAUGUGAUCCACAGGACGGCGACUCAGGAAUCUGGAGGCACUGAAAGAAGAGAUCGCUAA